AUGAUAUCAAUGAGAUACAUCAACUUGGCACUGGUUAUCACCAGUAUCAAACUGUUGUUGAUACCAUCAUAUUAUAGCACAGACUUUGAGGUACAUCGCAAUUGGUUGGCAAUCACAUCAUCAUUGCCAGUGUCUAAAUGGUAUAUUGAGGCCACCUCUGAGUGGACACUAGACUAUCCACCAUUCUUUGCAUGGUUUGAAUAUGUACUCUCAAGAGUGGCACCAUUGUUUGAUGCCAAAAUGCUCAUAGUAGACAACCUAAACUAUCAUUCACCAAUGACCAUCGUAUUCCAACGUCUAUCAGUAAUCACCACCGACCUCCUCUUCCUUGUGUCAGCCUAUCUCUUGUCCAAGACACUCGGUUCUUCGAUCACAUCACACUCCUCCACCUCCUCAUCCUCCAAGCCAACAACAACAACAACACCAUUCUACCAAGAUCCAAGCUUCAUCUUGUAUGGCAUCAUGAUACUGAACCCUGGACUGUUGAUGGUGGAUCACAUUCAUUUCCAGUACAAUGGAUUCCUCAAGGGUAUCAUGUUGCUAUCACUGUACUUCAUGGCAAGUGGACACCCCUUGCUUGGUGGCAUUGUCUUUGCCACAUUGCUCAACUUCAAACACAUCUACAUGUACCUGGCACCAGCAUACUUUGUCUACCUCUUGAUACACUAUUGCUUUGGCUCAUCGGCACGUCUGUCCAGCUUCAACAUUACCCGCUUCAUAGCAUUGGGUGUGUCUGUACUCGCAGUCUUUGCAAUCUCACUAGGACCCUUUAUCAUCUACCAACAGAUACCCCAACUUAUCUCACGUCUCUUCCCAUUUGGUCGUGGUCUAAGCCAUGCAUACUGGGCGCCCAACUUCUGGUCACUAUACAACUUUAUUGAUCGUCUGUCUCUCUUUGUUGGCAGCAAGUAUCUUGGAUGGCAGAUUACUAGUGAGCAGGGUAUGCUUACAAGUGGAUUGGUUGGAAGUGAUACUCAAGCACAUGUAAUAUUGCCAGCAAUCACACCAGGCAUCACUUUGGCAAUUACAGUGCUAUCAUUGUUGCCUUCACUUUGUGGAGUGGUUCGCUCAAACAAGAUGACAGCCUUCAUACUUGGUGUUACUCAAUGUUGCUUCUCCUUCUACAUGUUUGGAUGGCAUGUACAUGAGAAGGCCAUCAUCAUGGUGACCAUCCCACUUACGUAA